AUGGCCCCCAAAAAGCCAGAGCCCAAGAAGGAUGACGCCAAGGCCGCUGCCCCCAAAGCAGCUCCAGCCCCUGCGCCUGCCCCUGCGGCUGCACCUGAGCCCGAGCGCCCCAAGGAAGCAGAGUUUGACGCUUCCAAGAUUAAGAUCGAAUUCACGCCUGAACAGAUUGAAGAGUUCAAGGAAGCCUUUCUACUGUUCGACCGCACACCCAAGGGAGAGAUGAAGAUCACGUAUGGGCAGUGUGGGGAUGUCCUGCGGGCUCUGGGUCAGAAUCCUACCCAGGCAGAGGUGCUCCGUGUCCUGGGGAAGCCCAAACAGGAAGACCUCAAUUCCAAGAUGAUGGACUUCGAAACGUUCCUGCCCAUGCUCCAGCACAUCUCCAAGAACAAGGACACUGGCACGUACGAGGACUUCGUGGAGGGCCUGCGGGUCUUUGAUAAGGAGGGCAACGGCACGGUGAUGGGCGCAGAGCUCCGCCAUGUGCUGGCUACGCUGGGUGAGAGACUGACUGAAGACGAGGUGGAGAAAUUGAUGGCGGGUCAAGAAGACUCCAACGGCUGCAUCAACUAUGAAGCAUUCGUGAAGCACAUCAUGGCCAGCUGA